CGAAGAUCAAUAUGUACGUAGUUAUUCAAUAUAAAAGACAUAGAAAUCAAUACCAAUUUAGAUUGUACGACAGGAAACUAAAAACGAACAGUUCUGUGACUGUGCGUAAAAAGGACAGUUUAUCAAGAUGAAUUUACAAGAUUUUCAGGCUAACGAGUCAUUCCUGCCACAGAUGAGCCAACAGCAGUAUGCGGAAAAGCCUGGUGCGGAGCAAGAUGAACCGAGUGAAAAAUAUGGCUGCCUGAGAUUCAAACCAGCAUGUUUGCAGCGCAUGAAUACUAUUAAGGUGCACGUAUUCUGGCAGUGCGUGUUCUGCUUCUUUGAGGGCUUUAUCGUGAAUGGCGUCAUCAACGUUGUCCUUGUCGCCUUGGAGAAGCGCUACUCCCUCCCCAGCUCUCGUUCCGGCCUUAUCGCCAGUGCCAAUGACUUCGGUUCCAUCAUUUGCUCAGUUCUCUUCGGAUAUUUCGGCGAGAAGCGCCACAAGCCCCGACUGAUGGGAACCGGGAUACUUCUGAUGGCCACCGGCUCAUUGGUGUUCUCGCUUCCGCAUUUCAUCGGCGAGGCUUAUAAGUACAAAGUUUCUGCCGACGUGAACGCUAGCACCAACAUCUGCCUUCUGGAUGACAACGUCACAGAUACGUGCUCCACGCGCGCUGCAGCUGACGACACCAUCGCGAACUCGGUGGUGAUGUACUACGGCCUGCUCAUGGUGGGCAACAUACUGCUGGGGAUCGGGGCGGCGCCGAUGUUCACCAUAGGGCUCUCCUACAUCGACGAGAACUGCAAGGCAAAGUUAACAGCCCUAUACAUCGGCUGGACGUUCAGUUCCGCCGCGGUGGGUGUGGCAGCCGGCUACGUGGUGGGUGGCCAGACGCUCAGCCUCUUUGUGGACAUCGACAAGGUGGAUCCCGCCAGCGUUCCACUAACUCCGGCUGACCCCCAGUGGGUGGGCGCAUGGUGGAUAGCGCCUCUCAUAGCCACGCUGGGCUUCCUUGCCGUCGCAUUUCCUAUAUACGGUUACCCGAAACGCCUGCCAAGUUACAAAGAAGUCCAGAAGGCUCGUGCAUCAGAGGCUCAUGGGGGAAACGACGAACUAACUGCCAAGGUCAAUUUCGGAAAGAGUUGGAAGGAUUUUCCAAAAUCAAUUUGGUUCUUGGUGACAAAUCCUACGUACGUGUUCAUCUGCUUCGGCGCUGCAGUCGAAGCUCUGAUCAUCGGAGGCAUGGCGACGUUUGGGGCCAAACUGAUUCAAGAGAAAUUUAACGUGGACAUCACAUAUGCCGGCACUGUUAUGGGCAUUAUCACCAUACCUGGUUCCGGUGGAGGCAUGCUGCUGGGUGGAUACCUGGUGAAGCGUUUCAACCUAAAGUGCCGGGGCAUCAUCCGGAUGUGUGCCGCCUUCAUGGUCGCCGCCUGCCUAUGCGGCCCCUUCAUGCUCGCCCAGUGCCCCAAUGACCCUGUGUACGGCAUGGAUAGCCCCUACAUGCAAGGCUCCCCAGCAUCUGGACUAGUUUCCGGCUGCAACGAACUCUGCGGCUGCACUACCGAAGGCUUCGAGCCAUUGUGUGCUCAGGGAACCAUCUUCUUUUCGCCAUGCCAUGCCGGAUGUACGGACUCCAUUACCAUCGACGGAAAAAAGACCUAUGCAAACUGCAGCUGUUUGGCCAACGCGACCACUGCCCUGUCGACCAACACGUCGCCAAGUGACGUCACUUCCUUCCAGCCGGGCAAGUGUUCCGGAAGUUGUCCGUGGCUGUACGUGUUCUGUGCAAUGUUCUUGGUUACCAUGGUGCUGACCUUUGCUACUAUGUCACCCGGGGUCGCAGCAUUGUUCAGAUGUGUACCUGAUAAUCAGAGGUCGAUAGGCAUAGGUGUCAACCUGUUGUUUGUACGUUUAGUGGGUACGACCACGGGCCCGGUCAUUCUGGGCGCAAUUAUCGACAGCACGUGCACCAUUUGGCAGGACACGUGCGGCACGCGUGGCUCGUGCUGGAUGUACGACAAGAGCGCAAUGGGAACGCGUAUCGUGUUGUGGUUUAUGGGUCUCAAGGUGGCCGGCUGCCUACUGUUCCUCAUAGCGUCCAUCGUGUACAAGCCGCCGCCAACGGAGGAAAAAGUCGUUACCAUCGAAACCGUAGCUACUGUAGAACAUUUCAAUGGUGUGGCCAAUUCAGACAAUGGGAAUAUAUUUAUACGGUCUAGAGACUCUACAAGAUUAUAGUGUUGCCGGGGUUAAGUUUGUGUUGAUACUUGCGUGAGUCACUGGUUACCGUUUUGGGAAUUACAACAAUAUAUUAAUUAAGUCGGAAAUAUAUUAAUAUAUUAACUGUAAAUAAAUUAUUGUUUCUCAUUCUGUGAUAAAAUAUGAAACUCAUCAAAUAUAAACAAAUGCAAACAACAA